CAGGAAGUAGAAAAACAUCAACAAUCCUUCCAGGUCCCAAUCUGGGCGAAGUAUCAGUGUAGCCUAGCAGCGUGCUAGCCAGGUGUGUGUUCUUGGUUUCUUAAGCAUAUUUGUUAUAUUUUUUAAUAAGCUUGUUGUAGUAUCCGAGAUAUGUCGUGGAUAAGUAAGAUAUUGGGAGGAGGGGGAAAGGGGGGAAAGGGACCGAGCCCACAGGAGGCAAUCCAGAAACUCCGAGAAACGGAAGAGAUGCUAACGAAAAAACAGGAAUUUCUUGAGAAAAAGAUCGAUCAGGAACUCCAAAUUGCCAAGAAAAACGGCACGAAGAACAAAAGAGCGGCUCUGCAGGCUUUAAAAAGAAAGAAGCGGUAUGAGAAACAGCUCGCCCAGAUUGACGGCACGCUGUCGACCAUCGAGUUCCAGAGAGAAGCUCUGGAGAAUGCCAACACAAACACCGAAGUGCUCAAGAACAUGGGUUUCGCUGCCAAGGCUAUGAAAUCUGCCCACGAAAACAUGGAUAUUGACAAGGUGGACGACCUGAUGCAGGACAUUACAGAGCAGCAGGAGCUAGCCCAGGAAAUCUCUGAUGCAAUCUCUAAACCUGUCGGCUUUGGAGAAGAGUUUGAUGAGGAUGAGCUUCUGGCUGAGUUGGAUGAGCUAGAACAGGAGGAGCUGGAUAGAAACCUCCUGGAGAUCGGGGGACCAGAGAACGUCCCUCUCCCAAAUGUGCCUUCAACUUCAUUACCUUCCAGACCUGCCAAGAAAGAGGAGGAUGAGGACGACAUGGAGGACCUGCAGCGCUGGGCGAUGGAAGCCAUGUAAACACAGCAUCUGCCUGAUCAUACCUGCAUCAGAGAGAGGAAGAGAAAGAAGCAGCUUUGGAGAGAAUGGACUGAUUGGGUGUUGUUUAUGAGUGUUUUUGCGCGUGUGAGGAGAGAUGACCGUCAACUUUAUGUAACACUACGAAUAAGCAAAAUGCUGUAGUCUUUUUUUUCCUUCUUUUUUUCCCCCUGACUGAACCCCUUCACAAACAUGGCACCUCCUGGGUGCUCAGCAAACAAAGCUAUGUCAAGGGCUUAUUUAUUGAAGCUCUAUCACUGCACCUUGUCAAAUUCACCUGAUACAUCUCUGUCCUCGAUUUUACAAUGCUAGCACUUUGUGGUCCUUGUUCUGGGUGGGGUUCUUUCAACAACCACAGAGUUUAUAUCAAAGUGUGAUAUUAUCAGCACUGUGGUGCCGUACAGGCGUGGUUUUCAGCGAGGUUUUAUAAGCUUGGUGAAGUUGUUAUCAUAACUGGAUGACAGGGGAAUUUUCAUAGGAGCUUGAUCCUCAAAGAUUUGUUUCCAACAUAUUUAGCUGUAAUUGUUGUGUUGAACCUGCUGGAAGGUUUUCUUUUUCACAAAAAUACCAAUCCUUUGUGCUCUGUUUUUUUUUUUUUUUGUUAAUUGUUCUUGAAAAUAUGAGCACAGCUGAGCAUGAGCUAAAUGAAGAAGAUGUGUGUUUGCCAGAGUCCAAACCCUUUUGUUUUGUUUCAGGCUGUGUGCUUUGCCCCGCCCCUCCCCCCCACCUUACCACAUGUUGACAUUUCUACAACAUCACCCUCCCUGAAAGGCAGUGUCCUCCAUGUUCCUGUGAUUUAGUGUAAAUAUCCCAGAUUUGUCUCUUUUAAUAUACUGUUCUGCUGUCACUAAAAGGUUCUCUUUUGUGUGUGUGUGUGUGUGUGCGUGCGUGCGUGUGUGCGCACGUGUGUGUGUGCGCGUGUGUGUGCGCGCGGCUGUGUGGCAUGCAGCAGUGAGGAUUCACAAUACAGUUCAAAACGCACCGCUACAUUUUGCAUUUGUAAGUGAAAUGUUAAACACUUCCAUCCUGACUCUCGGUACGUCACAUACCUAAUUUUCUUUCUUUUUUUUCAAAUAGUAUAAUGUUAAAAAAAUAAAUAUAGUUGGACUACUAUAGUUUGCGUUUCAAGAAAUUAAUUCAUUUCAUUUUUCAGAGUCAUAAUGUACAAUUUUUACAGAAAAAAAGGCAGAAGAAAAGAUUGGUGGACAAGCAUGUUUGCAAUUUCUAUGUUUUAUUUAUCCCGUGAAAAUAUUAUUUGCAAAAUCAUUAAAGGUUUUCAAUUCUU